GUUCCAAGGUUCGUAAUUCUUCUUAUCUACAAACUAGUCUUAAAUAAUUGGUCGACAUUUUUUCUGAUAUCGUAACAGUUCAGGGCAUUACGUGAACAUUGAGAUUGAAAUUUUUGGAGGGUUCAGCACUUCAGCUUCAUCCAUUCAGCCAUCCUUGAUCUAUGGACGAAAAUGUCAAUGUGGCAAAGAAGAAAUCCGUUGGCAGAUCUUCCUUCAGCAAGAAGGAUGGCACAAAGGUUCCUAGGAAGAUUCAUAAAGCUGAGAGGGAGAAGUUGAAACGUGACCAUAUGAAUGAGCUAUUUUUAGAGCUCACCAAAGCUUUAGAACCAUCUACUCAAAACAGUGGAAAGUCUUCCGCGUUGACUGACACCAUUCGGAUACUCCGGGACCUGAUAGCUCAAGUUGACUCUCUCAAGAAGGAGAACGCUGUUCUUUUAGAGGAAUCUCGAUACGUUGCUGUUGAGAAGAAUGAACUAAAAGAGGAAAAUAGUGCCAUAGAAGCUCAAAUCAAAAAGCUUCAGAGCCAGAUAGCCGAUAGAGUUCAUUAUCCGUCCUCCUAUUUGGAAUGCAACCCUAUUGCACUGCAGCCUGAACUGCAAAGUUCAAUUCAGGCUGCAGCACCAGGGCCUGUUGUGGGCCCAGUAUAUGUAGUGCCCCUACAAAACGACCCAAAGCUUUAUCAAGAGAUGGUAACGAAGCAACACGGGACAAAUGUGAGCAAACCACACGCUCGAUACCCGUCGGCCUCUGAUUCGUGGUCGUUUAACAUUCUUUCCGAACAACAAAGAGCAGAUUAGAAUGGAAAUGGUGGUUGUUUUUAUGGUUAGCAAGGUUGGUUCUAGUGGCAGUGUUAGAAGAGAUUCAUAGAUUGGAGCCCGGGUUGUAAAUCUUUCGUUUUCCC